ACUCCCAAUCGUCUGACCCCAAGCCUAGCGCCAGGGAGGCAUGGCCAUGGCAGUGGGGCUCCCAGGGCAGCAGCUACUACAACCUCCAACUGCCAGCUCCGGAGCAUGCUCAUGCGACAGCCUUCUCCGUUGCUGUCAACCCCCUCGGUGCAUGAGAGCAGGCUUCCCAAGUGUAGAGCUGCGCUUGCGCGCGGCCUGCAGUGCCCACUAGAAUGUCGUUCGGCUUCAGUCCCACUGAUGUGAUUAACCUCGUCCAAUUAUCGGCGCGCAUCUAUGUUGCCUUCAAAGAUGCGAAUGACAACUCCGAGACCCAGGUCAAGUUCCUCAUCCGCGAGUUCUCCAACUUCCACCAGUGUCUCGAGCAGCUCAGUGAGCUCUUGAAUGAGUAUGGAAAGCCAUUGCCCUUUCCGUUCCUAGACUUCAAGGAGACAUUAGAACGAUGCCAAGAGACCCUCGAACCCUACUCCACACAUCUGGUCGACAGAAGAAUGAGUGUGAAGAAGAUCUACUACACGGUCAGAUAUAUUGGGAAAGAAAAGGAGAUCGAGGGUCUGAGGCAGCAGAUCAGCGGUAACUACCAGGCGCUCCAGAUGUGCAUCAACUUCCUACAGCUGCGCCUACACCUCGAAGCCACGAAGCAAACCCAACGGUUGCUGGAUCUGGCUCCCUUCCGAGCCAUGAGUUUCGGAGGUCAAUACUACACAACGAAUGCCCUAGGAAGCUCGUCGCGCACAGCGCCCAACGCGUUGCCUCCGCCGUCCGAAGCCGAAGACCUGUACACUGAAUGGCAAGCAUUCAGUCGCUGGCUCAAGAGCGAGGAUGAGCGGCUCGCCUCACAAGCUGGCAACCUGGUGCGGCCACUGUCCCUUGGUGGUACACCGGCGGGGGCCCAAAACGGGGAUGAACAGACAGCGGCUGUGCUGUAUCAUCUAAGGCGCGAGCUGGAAGAUGCUAUCAAGAUUGAAGAGAACCGCGCGAAGAGGGAGAAGAGGACUAAUCUGUCGCCGAGCGACGCGGUGCGGCGGGAAGUGAGCAAUCUCGCACCAAUUCCCCAUCGAACGUAUACCGUCGACAGCGACUUUUCUGGUAAUUUCUCUCGUUUCGAUAACCGCGCUCUGUCAAUGAGUGACUCUGUCGCCACCAUUCGACCCCUGCCAACCACUCCCUCCCCUACCACGACCACCUCCCCGAUGGCUCUCUCGCCGACAGGAAGCCCCAUGAUCGCCCACUCGUACUUUGACCCAGUGGAUUGGGAAAGCGGUUCGCCAACGACGUCGUCCUCCCAAGGCCCAUCACGCACACCAUCCGUGUCAACGACACGCUCGAGCGAAAGCACAUCGCCCGGGGCGGGGUCGUUACCGGGUGGACUGGGAAUCAGCACAGCCGAGACCACCCCGUCAGAGACAACCCAACCGCUCCGCCACAGACUCUCGGCCGGCUCGCUUGUAAGCAUCGCUCUCGGCGCGGGAGCAUUGCAAUGGAACAACCUCUGCACGAAAGUGCAGGUUGAGCGAACCACAAUCCAGGGCGUGGAGACUAGGAAGUGCACCCUGGCCUGGCGUUACCGGGAGGACGCCGGCAUAACCAUUCGAUCACUGUAUCGCUCGUCAAGCAGCGGAGAAGUCAAACCCUGGAUUAUGCAGCACUUUCCUGCGACGGGUCCCAGUAUACCGUUGACGAUCUCAUAUGCGGAUGGCGACGUCUCGAUCGAGUUUCCGCGACGGUCGUAUGGGAGGCUAGAAAAGAGGUGCACGGAUAUCAAGUACACGUUCGCAGACGCAGAGUCGAGUACGAAGUUCCAGACGCUGCUGUACACCAACAACGACAAAGACGCAGCGGAAUUGCUAUAUGACCGACCGGUGCUGACCAUCUCGUCGAACUUGCACAAGCCGGAGUGCCGGGGAAAGAAUCUGAGGUUAUGGAAACGGAGUGAAGUCCAGCUAGGAUUGAACGGCAUCGAAAGGACGGACGUACUGGUGAUUCUGUUCUACACCAGCGCGCUUCCGGAAGAGAAGGCGCAUUGGGUCGAGGAACCGCACUACGCAUUCCAGUGGCUUGAUGACGCGGUGUACAAGAAGAGCUCGGAUAGGCUCACGCUCGUGUUCUCCAAAGAGCCUGGGAAGUUUACGCGCGACAAAGUGUUCCAGCGGCGCAAGUCGUCCAAGUCGUCGGACCAUAGCGACGCUGGAACCGCGGUUACCCCCGUCCAAGGGGGCUCCACCGAUACGACCCGCCCCCAGCGCUCAGGCACCAUGUCGUCCUCCACAUCGACAUCCGCGCUGAGUAUCAGGUCGAGGAGUUCCAUCUUCGGCAGCGGAAGGCCCAGCAUCGCGGGCAAUCUAAAUCGCUUCGGCUACUCUGAACUGGAGAUCAAGUUCCAGAGCAAGGCGGAUCGCAAGGAGUUCUUGGAUAUCUGGCGGGAUUUUGUAAAGCCUUUGGAAGUCGGCGCAGGCAGGUAGAAGCUGGUUUGGUAAGGUAAAAUAGAUACCCGGAAUGGACCUGUCUUGGAUUCUCUUGGAUGACGCGGUGGAUGUGCUCACGCUAAGCGCGCACGCGACAAGCCCGCGUUCCUGGAGCGGGGCC